AUGUAUUAUUUCAAUACUGAAACCAUUGAUCUUGUUUUAACAGAUUACAAAGCACAUAAAAUUUGGUGGGAAGAUGGAAAAGCUGAUGACAGAUGUAAAAUAGAUACCAAUGGCUGUCCUUACAUUAUUCUGGGAUAUGAUGUUAGAGAAUGUCAGCAUGGUCCUGACCGAAACAUCAAAAAGAAGAUCCAAUAUAAGGCGGAAAAAGAAGAAAAGUCGAAAACUGACCAUAGCUAUGUUAUGAAAGGCAGGACUCUGAUUCAAAACACUAAAAAGAUGAUAUGUCCUGCCAGGAUAACCCAGAGACGCAUUAUUAAAUUUCCAGGAUACAGGUUAGAAAAUAGUGCAAGUAAGUGGAGAAGGAAGCAGACUGCAAAGACUCUUCGCAAAGCUUUGGAAGAAGAAAUCCACAUGUAUUAUCCAACUGUAGAUGACCAUAAAAACCAUAUAAUAGGAGAGUUUGCUGGACUGUGUCAACCAGUUGGACCAGAAGUUAAGGCAAAAAUUAGACAACUGGUUGGAGAUGGAGUGACAAAAGUCUCAGAGAUGAAGAGACAUUUAAAAGUCUUUGUUAAAUAAGAACUACAAAUUGAGGACCAGACCAUACCCAGCCGUCGGUUUCAUCCAACGGACAAAGACAUCAGGAACCAUAUGGAUACAACCAAAAACAAAUUCAGAUUUUCCAAAGACGAUCAGACUAAUCUUGAACAUUUAGUUAAAGGAUGGACGAAGACAUUUCCAGAUGAUAAUUUUUAUUUAAGAACAUGCUUACAUGGACCAGAGGAUAAAACAUCUGAUGAAAAGUUUGUAUUUGUUCACCAGAGCAGAUGGCAAAAAAGACUGUUGAAUUUAUAUGGCAAAGAAAUUUGUUUGCUUGAUGCAACAUACAAUACAUCAAAGUAUGAUUUGCCACUGUUUUUCAUUUGUGUAAACACCAAUGUAGGGUAUAUAAAUGUUGCAACAUUCAUAACAGCAGAUGAACUUGCAGAAUCUAUCAAGGAAGCACUACAAAAAAUCAUGCAGUGGAAUGAAGAUUGGGACCCCCCUUACUUUAUGACUGAUAAUGAUCCCUGUGAAAUAUCAGCUAUAGAAGAAUCAUUUCCAGGAUGUCAAGUAUAUUUAUGUGACUUCCAUAAAGAACAAGCAUGGGACAGAUGGUUGAAGAAACAAAAAAAUGGAUGCACUGAAGCAAAAGAAGAAUUAAAAAAAUUAUUUAGGGCAUUAAGCAGUUCAACUUCAUUAGAUGAAUACCACGAACAUGUUUUAGAGCUGACUACACACCGUGUAUGGCAAUGUAACCAAAGGCUUAGAAAUUGGUUCGAACCAUGGUGGCUUGGACAUCGAGAGAGAUGGGUUAGACAUUUCAGAGACAAUCUGUUUAACAUCAGAGUCAACACUACGAAUGGACUGGAAAGGCAGCAUCUUAGGUAUACAGAAAACAAUGUUAGAAGUCUGGAAGGAUACAGGACAUAUGCAGAUUUCAUUCCCAAAUUCUUACACAACCGUCCUACUAAAUUUGUAAGCCACUGCCUUGCAAGAAUGCCACCAUCAAUUUCUGAAAUUCCAUUGGAAAACUUUUCGGCUGUUGGAGAUUGGGAAUUUAUUGUUCAGAGUGUGGAUUCCGAUAAUGUUUAUACCAUCAAUCUGAAAAAACCAGAAUGUUCUUGUAUGGACUUUCAGAAGAAUCACUUACCAUGCAAGCACAUUCUGUCAGUGAUUCACACUUUUCCAAAUUGAGACUGGAACAGCCUACCAUCUGGCUUUAAAAAUUUUCAAAAUUUUAUCGUUGAUUCUAAUAUUGCAGAAGCUUGCAACACCAACCUGAUACAGGAACCACACCAGAACACAUCAAGGGAAAAAAUCACCACAAGAAGAACUGUUAAAACUAAAGCAAGUCUCACGAAAUGUCUUGAGCUAAUGAAAAAAAUGGAGACAUCCUUAUAUAACAUUCCACAUGAAACUCUAGAUAAGCUUAUUCCAAAACUAGAAGGCCUGGCACUUGACAUUGACCAGAUUAUUCCAACUGACCAUGGAUUGCCAGUCAGAUCAGAAAAGUCAAGAUAUAAGUUAAACAGUAAAGGACAUUCAAAGAAAAAAAUGUAUGCAAAUGAAUUAACUGGUGUGGAGAUUGAUGAAAUACAAGUCCUAGAACGAGUUAAGGGGAUAUGGGAUCAGGAGGAAGAAACUGGUUAUAUAGUUGCUAAAGUUUUCAACAUCAAUAUAACGGAUGGUGAUAUUAGAUCCCUUAGAGAUAAAAACUGGCCUACAGAUCAGGUCAUGGAUGCUUACCUAGGAUGCCUUGCCAACUGGGAAAAUGACCAGCAUAGAAAAGUUUUUCGAAUUCCAACAGCUGCAAUGACCAAAAUACUGAAUGGAGAGUGUUCCAUUAACACAACUUUACAAAAUGUACAUCUGAUGGAUUAUGACAUUCUUCUUGGUGCUUACUAUCAAGAUGGAGCUCACUGGGAUCUUAUGAUAAUUGAACCUAUGACUGGGAGCCUAUACUUUUAUAAUCCCUUGGGGGAAAUCGAAGGUCAAAAGAAUAAUAUUCUGCUGAACUGGAGAAUGUUUAUAGAGAGAAGAAUCAUGAUUGGAUUAGAGAUGGAUAAAAACAUGACUUGGAAUAUGAUUCCCAAACAACAUUCUAAACAACAUGAUGGAAGUAGUUGUGGUGUUUAUGUCUUAAUGUUUGCAGAACGCCAUUUAAGAAAUGAACAACUAACUGAUAUUGGUCCAUAUGAAAUCAAGUUGGGUAGGAAAAGAAUAGCCAAUAAACUUUUAUGGUUUGAAAGUAUCACUAUUUACAUCUAA